CUUUAAAAAAGAAAAUCCGCACUUCAGUCACAUCCACAGCAAACCUGAAACGGCACAUUGAACUGAAGCACCCGGCUAGCCUUUCAAGGUAUGUGCAAGCAAAUAAAAAAUCCAAAGACGGUCAAGACAGAUCCUCGACCUCGACCCAAAUCCCAUUAACCGCGUACAGCGGCUCCUUUUUCAUCUCCCAGCCGCAGCUGGACCACCUGGUGGUGAAGUAUAUUAUCGGAGACCUGCAGCCUUUGAGUAAAGUGGAAAGCCCAGCUUUCAUAAACUUAAUUAAGGGGUUGCAGCCAUCCAAAACGGUGCCAUCGAGAAAGAAACUACAGACACUGUUAAACAAGAAAUUUAAAGAAAACAUAUCUGAACUUAAGACUGAACUGUCUGAGACCGAUGCUGUGUGCACAACAGCAGAUUGCUGGUCAGCUGUGAACAAGGCAUUUAUGGGAAUCACUGUCCACUGGCUAAACAAAACAGAUGUUUCUAAGAGAUACUCUGCAGUACUGGCAUGCCGGCGGAUUAAAGGAGCACAUACACAUGAUGUGUUGGCAAAAUUAUUGUCAGAAGUACACAAAGAAUUCAAAAUCCAGAACAAGGUUGUGUGUACAGUAACAGACAAUGCUGCAAAUUUUGUCAAGGCAUUCAACUGUUUUGGGAUGGAUAUUGAUACUGAAGUGCCAGAAACAAUGGUCCACUUUGAUGAAACUGAAAGUGAAGAUGACGAUGAAGUGUCAGCCUCUGCUGCCGCCAGUGAGGACUCAGAUGAAAAUGACCAGAUGGAGCCUGAGCCUCUCUCAGGUCUGGAUCAUCCCUCUCUCCCCCCUCACAGAAGGUGCAUGGCUCACACCUUGAAUCUAGUGGCCAAAGAUACGGAAAAGGUUACUGAAAAACGCUACAAAACAAUGUCAGGGGCUGUUUUUGCAAAAGCAUCUGCUCUGUGGAACCUGGUUAAGCGAAGUACAAAGGCUUCUGAUGCUGUGGAGGAAAAGCUUGGGAUUGGUUUUGUUGUGACAAAUGACACAAGAUGGAACUCAGUUUUUCUCGCGAUGGAGCGACUGUCUCGCAUAGCAACACUAACUACCAAGGCAGAAAUGAACGUGGCUGAGGUCACCCCUGAAAAUGAUGCCACUCCCCUACAUGACGAGCUGCUUUUGCACACUGUGAGUGAUGAGUUUGGCUUUCGCAGAUUCACUCCACAGGAAGUUGAAUUCAUACACAAGUUUGUGGAUGUGAUGAGGCCUUUAGCACUUGCACUAAACAUCCUCCAAGCAGAGAAGAACAUCUUUCUUGGCUACCUGGCUCCAACAAUUGUGCAGCUGCAAUGUCAUAUGAAUGACCUGUUGGAUGAGAGCAUAAAGCCCACUGCAGCAGAGGGUCUCAUUACAUGCAGACCCCUCAUAAAGAGUAUCUUGGAAUCCCUGAGCAAAAGGCUGGCAGGUCUUCUGGAGAAGAGGGACCACAUACUCUCCGCUAUGCUGGUGCCAAGAUUCAAGCUCGACUGGGUCCAAGAUGAGGAGAAACAAUUGCAGUACAGAUUGAUGCUGAAAAGAGAAUUUCAAACCCUCAACUCUGAUGACUCAGGUCCAGCCAAGUCCAGUGGUAAACAUGUCAAGAAAGAUCCUGCAGCGUCAUUCUUCAGAUUUAACCAAAAAACUGAGGUUAAUCCAAAAUCUGAAGUGGACACCUAUUUGGACGCCCCAACCACAGAUGGGUUUGAUGAAUACCUGCAGUUUUCAAAGCUCAGAAGGCUGUUCAUUAAACACAACACUGCCCUGCCCUCAAGCGCUCCAGUAGAGAGGCUCUUCAGCAUCGGUGGUCUAAUAUUCAGACCCAGGAGAAACCGGCUGGGAGAUGCCAACUUUGAGAAGCAGCUCAUCCUGAAUGCCAACAAAAAGUUUUGACGGAAGCUAAAAAACAGCAGAUCCACCAGG